AUGGCCCCUUCCGCAGUUUCACCGCCGCCAACUACAACUGGCACAUUGCUUGUCAAGCCCUGGUCACGCCCCCAAGAGACUAAAGAGGAUCUAGACUGGGCUCCUCUUACUACCAUUGAUCUUUCGCGGUUCGAUGAGCCGGGGGGCAAGCAAGAUCUCGCGAAACAACUUUAUGAUGCUAUCACGCGAGUGGGAUUCUGGGUCGUUACCGGCACUGGUAUCGAUGAUGAACGUAUCCUACGGCAAUUCAGUAUCGGAAACACGUUUUUCAAGGAACCACUUGAUGAGAAGAGAAGAUUCCCUUGCAACUUCGCAGAAGGCGAGUAUUUCGGAUACAGAGAGAACGAGAGAUGGAUUGGUGACACAGGCGUCAAAGAGAACAUUGAGAUGCUGAACAUCCAUAAAGACAUCCCUGCCUGGACACAGGUUGGUCGCCAUCGUGUCGUGGAAGACAACUGGGACGAGAUCCGCAACUUCCAUCGCGACGUCUGGGAAGUUGCUCGGAAGCUCUUCGUUCUGAUUGCAAUCAUCCUGGAACUACCAGAGAAUUACCUUGCAGAUGCACAUGCUUAUGAUGAAGUCUCCGAUGAUCAUUUGCGGUACAUGAUCUACAAUGUUCGGACGGACGAAGAGUGGGACAAAGCGCAGGCAUACUCAAAGGGAGGACACACAGACUUUGGCAGUUUGACUCUUCUUUUCUCUCAGCAUGUUGCUGGGUUGCAAAUCCGGACUCCCGAGGGGGAUUGGAAAUAUGUGAAGCCCGUCGAAGGGGGCAUAACCUGUAACGCUGCGGACACCCUGACGUUCCUCACGAAUGGGUUCAUCAAGUCAACCAUUCAUCGUGUGGUCAAGCCUCCCAGAGACCAAAUCGACAUCCCUCGACUAGGACUGCUAUACUUUAGUCGUCCGGGAGACCACACACCCAUGAGAACAGUACCUUCCCCGCUUCUUGACCGUCUCGGAUUGAUCAGAGAAGAAGAUAAGGAUUUGAGCAAACCGGUGCCAUCGGGAACGGAAGAUGCAGACCAAUUGGCAAAGAUUGAGUCAAUCGAUGCUGGAAAACCUGUCAAGCUGGCCAAAGUUGCCGAUGUUCUCGCGUGUGCGGCCUGUUUCCGAUACUAUGCGGGAUGGGCAGACAAGAUUAAGGGUGACAGCAUUGAGACUGACCCAAACAUGCUGAACCUCACCCUGAGAGAGCCUUUAGGGGUCUGCGGUCUUAUUAUUCCCUGGAACUUCCCAAUCCUGAUGUGUGGUUGGAAACUCGGGCCUGCCUUGGCUGCUGGAAACGUCGCUGUUCUAAAACCCGCAGAACUCACCCCGCUCUCAGCGUUGUAUUUGGGGAAGCUGAUUGUCGAGGCCGAAUUCCCCCCAGGUGUUGUGAAUAUCGUACCAGGUCUUGGACACGAAGCCGGAGCUGCAUUGUCCAAUCAUCCAGACGUUGCGAAAGUAUCUUUUACUGGAAGCACUGCUGUGGGAAAGGGCAUCUUGCAUGCAUCCGCAGAUAGCAACCUGAAGAAGGUCACUUUAGAGCUGGGUGGCAAGUCGCCAAGUAUUGUAUUUGGAAGCGCUGACCUGGACGAGGUGGUCGAGUGGGUGAAUGGCGGCAUAUUUUACAACAUGGGACAAAACUGCUGUGCGAGUAGCCGCGUCUUCGUUCAUGAAAGCGUCUACGAGUCUUUCAUCACCAAGUUUGUUGAAAGAGCAAGGAAAAACCAACUUGGGGAUCCCUUCGACGACAAAACCUUUCUGGGUCCUCAGAUCAGCGGCAGCCAGCACUCUAAGAUCAUGGGCAUGAUCGAAAACGCGAAGACUCAAGGCGCCAUUUGCGCAACGGGGGGACGUAGCCCUUCUGGCUGGUUUAUUGAGCCUACGAUCUUCCGCGACGUCAAAGUGGACAUGGGGAUUGCAAGAGAAGAGGUUUUUGGGCCAGUCGUGGCAGUUGCAUCCUUUCGUGACGAGGAGGAAGCUUUGGAAAUGGCGCACGACACCUGUUACGGGCUCGCCGCGGCAGUCUUCACGUCUGAUAUCAAGCAGGGAAUCAAAAUGGCGAAAGAGCUUGAGGCGGGAACAGUUUGGGUGAAUUGUUACAACAAGAUCUCCCAUGCCCUUCCGUUCGGUGGGUACAGACAGAGUGGCAACGGGAAGGACUUGGGAGAAGACGCGAUCUACGGCUUUACGCAAUUGAAGACUAUAGGAAUCAUGUUGUAA